CUGGGGUUUUGCCAAGCGAUCAGUUGGAGUGCUAGUUUGCAGAAGUCGUGGAUCACACCAGUAGAGGCAAGUUCUCAUUUUUCUUGUUCGAUCGCAUUAAAUUUUUGGAUAUGUUUUGAUUUUUCACCACUACUGUGUAGCAGAUUUGUCUAGGAACGAAAGCAGAUGGCAGAUUCUGAGCUAUUAGCUAUUAAAUUUUAUUUCAAUGGUCAUUUCGUUCUUGAUGGGUCAAAAGUUCAGUACAUUAAUGGGGAUGAGGGCUUGUCACAUAUAGACAUUGAGAAAAUUUGAAUCCCAGAACUUGAAGGCCAUCUGUUGGAUCACACAACCUUUCAACAGCCUGUUAGAAUGUACUGGUUACCACCUGGUGAUGCACUAAAUAAUGGAAUGAGGCUGCUUGUAGAUGAUCAGUCCUGCUUGGAGAUGGUGAAAAUUGUUGGAACUACUGGAGCUGUGGACAUUUACACUGAAAUAGUUAAAUUGGAUAUGGGUUGCAGUUCUACAUUGGUAGAGGCUCAUUCUGAUGAAGCUGUAUUUGAUCUAUUUCGGGAUAAUAAUAGCAUGUUUCCAGACUCUCUAGUUAUUGCAAAGGGCGGUACGAACACACAAUGUGAUAAUCCCAAUAGCAGUAUCGCGAACAUACAAACUGAAGGCUUAGAUUCAGAUAGUGGUUCUGAUGCCACUGGUUUUACAGAGGAUGAAGAUGAUGAAGCAGAUGAGAUAAGAAUUAAUUAUAAGCAAUUCAAGAAAAAAAUGAAAAGGAGAGAAGAAAUUCCACUUGACACCCCAGUUGAGUUGGAUCUUCCUCAAAGUGUUGAUGCCAACACCAUAACACAGGUAAAUGACGAGGGAGAUGGCAUUGCAUACUUUGAUUCAGAGGAUGAUGCAUCCUAUGAUGAUGAUAGUGGGGAUUCUGCAGAGAGGAGGAAGUGUCGGUUUCCAAUAUUUGAUAACCAUGCUGAAUUACCACAAAAUGCAGUCGACAUGUGCUUUAGAGGAAAGAUGCAAUUGAAGGAUGCAAUAACAAGGUAUGCGUUGAAAAAGAAGGUAAAUAUAAAAUUUAUCAAAAAUGACAGAGACAGACUUAGGGCUGUUUGUAUGCGGAAAGGUUGUACAUGGUUACUGCAUGCUUCUUACAACUCAAGGAGUGAUUGGUUUCAGAUCGUGACAUAUAAUGGAAAUCAUAGUUGCUGCCCAGAUCUAAAAAACAAAAGGUUGUCUACAAGUAGAAUUUGUGAUAAGUACGAGAGUGUAAUUAAGGCUAAUCCGUCAUGGAAAGCUAGAGAACUGAAAGAGACUGUACAAGAAGAGAUGGGCGUGGAUGUCUCAAUGACAAUGGUCAAGAGGGCGAAGUCAAGAGUAAUAAAGAAGGUAAUGGACGCCCAUAGUGGUGAGUACUCAAGGUUGUUUGACUAUGCUCUUGAGCUGAUGCGAAGUAACCCUGGAAGUAGUGUGCAUGUUGCCCUUGAUCCUGAUGAAAAUGAGCAUGUUUUUCAGCGAUUUUAUGUUUGUUUAGAUGCUUGUCGAAGGGGAUUCUUGGAUGGAUGUCGGAGAGUUAUCGGAUUUGAUGGUUGUUUUCUUAAAGGUGUUGUCAAAGGAGAGUUAUUGUCAGCUGUAGGAAGGGAUGCUAACAAUCAGAUUUAUCCUAUAGCAUGGGCUGUUGUGGAGUAUGAGAAUGCAAGUUCAUGGAAUUGGUUUCUUGGUCAUCUUCAGAAAGAUCUUAAUAUUCCUUAUGGUGGUGAUGGUUGGGUUUUCCUCACAGACCAACAAAAGGGGCUUCUAAGUGUCAUUGAACAUCUAUUUCCAAAGGCUGAGCAUAGAAUGUGUGCAAGACACAUUUAUGCUAAUUGGAGAAAAAGGCACCGUCUUCAAGAGUAUCAAAAGAGAUUUUGGAAGAUUGCAAGGUCAUCAAAUGCUGUGUUGUUUAACCAUUACAAAAGUAAGUUAGCUAAUAAAACACCUAUGGGAUGGGAGGAUUUAGAGAAGACCAAUCCUAUACAUUGGUGUAGGGCUUGGUUCAAGCUUGGAUCUAACUGUGAUUCUGUUGAAAAUAACAUAUGCGAGUCAUUCAACAAUUGGAUUAUAGAAGCACGAUUCAAACCUAUCAUAACCAUGCUAGAGGACAUACGGAUGAAGGUGACUCGAAGGAUUCAAGAGAAUAAGACCAACAGUGAGAGAUGGACCAUGGGAAUUUGUCCUAAUAUUCUCAAAAAAAUAAACAAGAUAAGACAUGCAACCCAAUUUUGUCAUGUUUUAUGGAAUGGUUCUUCUGGAUUUGAAGUCAGGGAAAAGAAGUGGAGGUUCACUGUUGAUCUCUCAGCCAAUACAUGCUCCUGUAGAUAUUGGCAAAUAUCUGGAAUUCCUUGCCAACAUGCAUGUGCUGCCUACUUCAAGAUGGCAGAGGAGCCAAACAACCACGUAAAUAUGUGCUUCUCUAUCGAUCAAUACAGAAAUACAUAUCAAGAUGUCCUCCAGCCAGUUGAGCAUGAGUCCGUGUGGCCUUUAUCAACUAAUCCUAGACCAUUGCCUCCGAGGGUUAAAAAGAUGCCUGGUAGCCCAAAGAGAGCGAGGAGAAAAGACCCUACGGAAGCUGCUGGAUCGAGCACUAAAUCAUCGAAGAGAGGUGGUUCUGUGAAAUGCGGGUUUUGCCAUGAGAAGGGCCAUAACUCUAGGGGGUGCAAAAAGAAAAUGGAACACUCAUCCUCACAUUACCCAUCACAUCCAGAUCAAGCUGCACCUUCUGGAGAAGCCAAUGAUUCCUCGGUUGCUCAUAGAAGGGGAAAGACCUUGCUCUCUCAAAGCCAAGGAAGUGCCGUGCAAUUGGCAAUUGGAGCCACACGAUCUAGGCAAUCCAGGGGAAAACAACCUGCUAUUUCAUCUAAUAGCAAGACGACUAAAAAGGGAAAAAUGCCUGAAGGUUAUGGAUUGUACUAUAGUGAAAGGACCGGUUCCACAUUUCUUCAGUCUGGACAUAAAAAAAGAUUGGUGUCUUUUCCAAGUCGAGAUCAAUAGCUCAAGCUUCAGCUACCUAUGGCGUGGCGCAUCAGACGAGCAUCAACAAGAUGUUGGAUGGCAACAGAAUUAUUUGUUCUUUUUUUUAAGACGAGUCCAGGGUACCUGUGUGAACCUUUGCUUAAUUAUGUCAUGCAUGUUGGCUAUAACUUUUAUAUUGCAAUUUGAGUUGAUUGGGUAAAAUAUAGUUGCUACUUUUACCUACUUACACGAUUUUGUUAUUUCUA